AUGAGUUAUUCUAAGGUCUGUGAAGUCGCCACUAGCUGUGGAAUUUCCGUGAAGAAUCUGAUCCACACCCUACAUGAUCUUGGAAUCAUUUUGUACUUUGAGAACAACAAACUACUGAAGGACACAGUGAUAACAAACCCACGGAAGCUGAUUGACAUCUUAAAGAAAAUCAUCACAGUGGUGGAACCUGAUGACAGUGAUAAGUGGGCUUCAAUGAUCAAGUUGUGGAAUAAACUUGAUAAUGAAGGUAUACUGGAGGAAGAGUUAGUCAGACAUCUUUGGAGAGAUGAGAUUAGCAAAGAUGAAUCUAGCUUUGAGGUCUUCUUGGAGUUAAUGAAGCAGUUUGGACUGCUCUGUGAGAAAAUCAAGAAUCAGGAAAGCAAAUAUCGCUCAUUUUUUGUACCCUGUCGAUUGAAACGUAGCAAAGACAAUGUGUCUAUUCAACUUGAUACAGCUCAGAUGGUAUCUAUCUAUAUGGCCUCCGAGGAUUUCAUCCCUGAUAGUGUCUUCCAUCCUCUAGUUGUCAGCUUGAUUGGAAUGGUACAAGACAUGGGCUACACAGCCAUGCUGGAAUUAUUUAGCAACUAUGCGGACAUCAGCCUAGGACUUGAACACACUCUCAGCUUAGGACCAGUAGUCAUUAAUAACAAGCCCUCAUUGAAGCUGGAAAUAUUACGGGUGCCUAUCAUUCAGGAAGAUGGUACCAAGACACCAAGAGGUGAACCCAGUCCUAGAGUCUGUAUGCAGGUGUUAGAUUUUCUGAAGAAAGAGAUGAAAGUGCUGACAUACGGAAUGAAGCACACACGUUAUAAGUUCCGUGUCCUGUGCUGGACAAGCUUGCGAGAAAUGCACUUCCACGAUUUGGAGGAGUGCCUGGAAAAUGACUGUAUUCCAUGCGGAAGGGAAUCGAUAACCACAGGCAAACUUCAAAGGAUGUUCAAGAAUAAGCAACUAGUGACAGGUUCUCCAAUGCAAGGAGCAGGAUCAAGUGAUACUGAAACAGUACCACCAGAUGAACAUCUUGGUUAUCUGGAAGACAAGCACCUGCUUCGUUUCGCAGUGGGCAUGGGAAUGGAGUGGAAACAACUGGGUGUCAGACUGGGUCUCAGUUGGAACAGGAUCCAACAAAUAUGGAGUGAUAAGAGACAAUUGCCAGAGAGCAUAAUGGAUAUGCUUACAGAAUGGAGGAAUCAUCAGAAUUACGAGACAAAUCAAGUGGAGAUAAUGUGCAUGGAUUUGAAGGAGCAAGGACUCACAGAACUUGCUAACAAUGUUUUUGGCUCGCAAACCUCAACAAAAGUACAUGCUAGACGACCGUUACAUCAGAGACACCAGCAAUAUGAUGGAUACUUAGCAGACAUUGAUAUGCUGUUUAUUGCCCAAAGACUUGGCAAGGACUGGAAAUCCUUUGGCAGCAUCAUUGGUCUGAAAAAACAUGAAAUAGAAAGAAUUGAGAUGGACUUUUCACCACCCAAUGUGGACUCAAGUCUGGAAAUGUUGGUUAAAUGGAGAGAAAGGCAAAACUUUGAAGUAAAUCACCUUGUAAAGAUGAGUGACGCAUUGAAAAAACUUGGAAAGAAGGCUGUCGCUAAAGAACUUCGGAAGUACUACCAGGAAACUCAUCAAAAAUGAUUCAAGAACAUUUGUAGGUACACAAUAGUACCAGAACUUUGAAGGACAAUUACACACUGAUUAGGCCAGGGGGGCUAGUUGCUAAAGAAGGCUGUCGCUAAAGAACUUCGGAAGUACUACCAGGAAACUUACCAAAACUAAUGAAAGAACAUAAGUACGCAUUGGUAGCGAAAAUUUCAAAGAACAAUUACACACUGAUUAGGCCAAGGGCUAGUUUCU